UGUGGAAUCGCUUUUAUUUACAGCUCUAAUUACAUCUCUAUUGUAAACAACUGUUUUCUUAAUCAAUUUCUAUUGCCUGGCAAGCAUAAAAUAUCAAAUAAGCGUUAUUGUAUGACAUAUCAAUGCACUGACACAGGCUCAACUCAAAUCUGACAAUGUCGCAAGGAACUGGACGGGGCAAAAAUCAGGAUUCAAAGUCAAAGGCACCGCCAGAGACACAAACUGCACCUCCUACAUCUCCGCUACAAGCCGCCCUGCAGGGCAUAUCCCUGCUCAUCAAUACGGGUCUGUCGCCGACGGAACUAGACCUGUGCAUCGAGCUGCUGAAGGCCGAGGUCCAUCCAAAGGCUUUGGUCGACGUCGUCUGGCCUUUCCUGGAGGCCAGGAAAAAACCCGACCGCUAUGACUUCUGAAAUCACCCAGACCGUUUAAAGCAAACCAAAACUGUCCAUUCACAACUGACCUGCUCAACUCUCCACCUUGGAGGUGAUCAAGAGAAAACUUAAAUUCGAAUAACCAAUCAGUCAUAUUUUGCGUAAACAAAUGUAUUAUUAAAUACUCUUCCAAAUACAAAAUACAUGUGAGAAUUUA